UUAAAACGGAAUGAAAACUUGUAAUUUUUGAAGCGUCCACACAGUGCAGAUAUAUCUGUAUAUUUCGCUCAGUUUUGAGUGAUAUCGUCAUGGAGGAGGUACUACUUUCGUCUAUUUUGAUAUGGUGUCUUGUUAAAAAGAAAAGAUUGGAACGUCUCACAAGUACCCGACGUUCGAAAGUGGUCGCGGACGUAGCUUCUAAAAAGGCCGAACUUUUCCCAUAUUAGAUUACUUCGUGAAUUACGUGAUGAACCUAAUGAUUGGCGGAACUACUUGAGAAUGGAUAUUGACACGUAUAAUUAUUUAUUGGAAUUAGUUACACCGCAUAUCAUCAAAGAAAAUACUUGUAUGAGAACAGCAAUAUCACCACAUGAACGGCUAGCAGCAACUUUAAGAUUUUUGGCAACUGGCAGAAGUUACAAAGACCGAGAAUUCACAACAAUUAUAUCGAAGCAAUCGUUAAAUGAAAUCAUUCCCGAAACAUGUGAAGUCAUUUUGAAAGUGCUGAAGAAUGAAUACUUGAAGUUUCCCAAGACUGAAGAGGAGUGGCUGGAAGUUGCAUCUGAGUUUCAAAGAAUGUGGCAAUUUCCUCAUUGUUUGGGGUCAAUUGACGGAAAACAUAUUAGGAUCCCUUAG